AUGUCCACUGCCGCGCAGUGCAAGAUGACCAUCCACGCAGGCGUUCUCAUAGGCAGAGACCGACGACUCGGACCACUUCCCACACCCGACCGAUCAUACAGGGAAACAUAUUCUCUGAGCCGUGUCCCCUCAACAUCUGCGGUAGUCUUGCGGUCGAGAAGCGUUUCUGCAUUUGCCCCAACGAACAAUUAUUACGCAGUCGUUCAUGUUGCGUUCGCUUAUAGAAGGUACCCUGUCCCCCUGUUCACACUUCGACUCAUCCCUGCACAUUAUAUCUUCUAUCAGACUAUAACCAUUGCGAUCAUGCGCAGAGCACCUUUAAAAUAUUUAACCAAAAGGAACUUCCAGGGUGGCGGAAAUGUACCUACUCAUAUUGUGUGGACCGGCACCAAGUCCCCAACUCCGAUUGGUAUAAUUAUAAUGCCAGCUUCAAGCAAAAUUUAUCGAGAUUACACUUGGGCAGGGAGCAUACCGCCGCUCGGUCUCGUUCCUCGGCCAGCCGAUAUGCUCUUCGUAGAAGGACAGACAUGUAUAUGUUAUCCUUUUGCGUCUCGAAAAGCACGUCCACAGUCGACACCCAGCACCCAAGCGGAAGCAGCCGAGGUGCACAGCUUUUUGGGUUUUCGGACAGACAAGGCCGAGGCUCCUCGACUAGCGGCGGUACCCAUCCCCAACUCGUUUGAUUCAUUCAAGCAAAGUGGACAAUUCAAAUCGUGUUACGUGAAAUCGGGCGGUUCCAAGUCUGGGUUGUUCUGUCGGUUCCAAGCCUUGCAUGAUAUAAGGCGCGAAGUCAAGAACAAUGCUGCACAAACAAUGCAUCAUCGAGGCCAAGAAGAACGCAGCGCGUCACGCAGCGUGGAGUUAGGCAGCUUAUUGAGUCUUGUGACAAACCGUUCGGACGCAUUGAAGUCAUCCAAGGACAACGAAUAUCAAAUUCAAGAGCGUGACGGCAUCCAGGACGCGAUGGGCUAUGUUAUCCUCAGAGACGUCCGGUUCAUCUUCGUCGGCACGAUGGCCGCUCUCGCCGUACACGAUAGAUGCAGUCGACUCAGCGGACGUAAGAAAGACACCAUCUUUAGGCUCUGCACUUCCGUUGAGGAGCGACAGUAUAGCACCAUAUCGAACACGGAAAGGGUCGACAAUUUGUGGCGUUCUACUGGCAUUGCAGAUAUCAUCUGUUCGAAAAGGGAUUUCAGAUUUAUUGAAUCCCAUAUCACAUCCUCACAAACAAUGCGUUUCUCCUUUAUCCUCGCCGUUGCUGCUGCUUUGACAGCAUCAAUAUCUGUAGCUGCCAGUGACGCUACCAGUGAAACUUGUUACUUGUGCCGGCAUAAUGACGACUGCAAAAGCUGCACUUUGAAGAAAACCUGCCAAAUAUGGAUAUGCUCUGAAUAUAUGGCUGAUGGCACGACGAGCGUGAAAGAUGAGGAUACAUAUAAUCGAGACUUGUAUCGAGGAGACUGUUCAAUGGCACCUGGGUUUCCCAAUAAGUAA